AUGCCGCGGGGCCAAGUGCUGAACCUGGGAACAUUCCUUGCUGCUGCGCCACCAAGCGGCGUCGACGACGAGCUGGCGCUGGUACUGGCACUGUCUGCCUCUGAGGCUGCCGAGGCUGGGCUCGACGUGCCUGACAACCUGGUUGCGUGCGAGGCCGAGACAGUCGAGGGCGUGGCCGAGGCAGCAGAGUGCGUAGGCGAGGAGUCAGAGGGCGAAGAUGGCAGCGAUGAGGUACAUGACUACGGCGAUGGCAAGUACGCCGAGUGGGAGGCACUGGAGCGAUGGAACGGGCGGCGGCGGCGGGGCAAGCUCGCCCGCGGUUACAGCGGGAGAAUCGCGCCGCGGCUGCUAGGCGGCGUCUCGCUAGGGAACGAGGGCAUCGGGUCCCAGAUUCUUAAUACCGAGGGCUCGACCAGUGACCAGGACUUGCAGUGGGCCGACUCGAAGGAGGAGGCUGCCGAGGGAAGGAUUGAGCUGCGCAAGGCGCUGCGGGAGAUGGCGGCAGCGGCAGCGCAUGCCAACAGUCGUGACUCGCUGGAAAGCGUCAUUGUGGAGGAGGCCAAGCACAAGGACGACCCGGUUUCCGACUCGGCAAUUCGAAUGCUGCGGAAGGCAGUGCUGCACCGGGUGAUGACCUCGAGCGCCAAGGUGGUGCACGUCAAAGAGACGCCAAUCUCAAGGGCGGCGUUUCGCAAGUUUAUUCUCAACCUCAAGACAACGAACACGGUCCGGUUUGCGUGGCAUGGUACAAACCCAAAUAACCUGCAGAGCAUCUACGACAAGGGGCUGUGCAUGGGCGGGACCCGCGGCGUGAGGGUCGCUCAUGGCCGUGCGCACGGCAAAGGCGUGUACAUGGGCUCGCGCGCGGAGAUCUCCAUGGCCUAUGCGCCAAGAUAUCAGCGCGAUGGACGGCUGACAUGCAUGCUACUGGCGUGCGCGGUGGUGCCCUCGAACCUCUCGUUUCUUGCGCACAAUGGGUUCCUCAUUUCGCGCGAGCAUGACCAUGUGCUCCCUGUGUACGAGGUUGAGCUCAUGUGCAACUCCACAGCCUCGCCGUUUCCUACCGUGUACGAGACGUCCGUGCGGUACAAGCCGCGGCAUGCUGGGACGCCGUACUACCCCGCGCUCGCCAUGCACACCAAGGUGCGGGCGAUCAAAAUCCGGAAGAAGGACGAAGCGCUUGCGCGCGAGCGGAGGAGCGAGCGGGCAGUGGCGGCAACGCUCAACGCGAAGCUUCCGUCACCCACAGCCUUUCUCCGCUCACCAGUGCGCGGAGCGGUGAUGUCCGCCGUCUCACCGGCGGGCGACUAUGGCCGCGGGCCUGCGUUUGGCCUUGUGGCGCCGCCACCGACCGCGCCGCCGCCAUCAUCGACCGACGUUGUGACAAUUGUCGAGUCUGACCAUGUCUCUGUCGAGUAUGUUGGGUUUGGCAUGGCGGAGUAA